AUGUCCGCCCAAGCCACAUCUACGCAACCCGCAAGCCAAAAACAACCUGAAGCUGUGCCUCAAUCCCAGCAACAGAAGCCCGCCGCUCUAGAAGAAGAUGACGAGUUUGAAGAUUUCCCGGUCGAAGGUACUUCCUCUUUUCUGUCUCCCGGCAAAAGAGCCCAGCAGUCCACUAGCACUUUCUGGAUACCUCAAACGAACAGCCUCGAUAGCUUUGAUAUAAUCCCCCCGGAAACACUCUUGAAUUGGCCCCAAGAUGAAGCUGAAACAACUGGCUUCGCGUCCAGCGGAGACACCUCCAGUCACCUCUGGGAGGAGAGCUGGGACGACGAUGAUAACAAUGAAGAUUUCUCGAAACAACUAAAGUAG